AUAACACUUUUUUCUUAGAAAGCUCGUUCCUUCCCCUCCCAUAUUUUUAUUUUCCUAAUAGCUGCCCCUGCUCUGGCGGCUCAUAAACAGAGGGUUGCUUGUGUAGCCGAGUGAGAGCGGAUUUGCUUGGGUGGACACAGAGCGGUGUAUGGAGGUAGCUGGUCUCUAAGCAGAUAGGCGCCUCUCAAAAUGAGUCUGUCUGAAGCUUGGAAGGAAACUGUUAAGCUGUGCAAAGAAUCCUGCUCCUCUCGCCGGACUCGGAGUCUGCUUCUGUCUCCCUGGGAAGAGCAGCUGCCCCAGUGAUGCAGAGAAUUUGAGACGAAACGUACAAGGAGGGUUUUUGUAACUAUCUGGAUUCCAGUAACUCAAUGGGAGCUCUGCUGCCAAGCGUUGCUGGAAUGUGGGCCUCCUGAAGCUGGGGCCGAGCCUGUUCGCCUGCUCCUUCAGCUCUGCAAAGUUGGACGCUUCCAAGGCAAUACUGACCAGUGCACAUCUUGAUAAGGUCUCCUAGCAACCUCUUCUGCAGGGCUGAAUGACAGCGGGAGGGUAAUUGAUGAGCUUGCCCUGGGAAUCUCUAAAUACGUGAAAUCAAAGCACAAGAUGGGUCAAAAGGUCACUGGUGGGAUAAAGACUGUGGAUAUGAGAGACCCUGCAUACAGGCCACUCAAGCAGGAGCUCCAGGGGUUGGAUUACUGCAAGCCCACACGCCUGGACUUGCUACUGGAUAUGCCUCCGGUCUCCUACGAGAUCCAGCUGCUGCACUCGUGGAACAACGAUGACCGCUCACUGAACGUCUUUGUGAAAGAGGACGACAAACUCAUAUUUCACCGGCAUCCGGUGGCUCAGAGCACGGAUGCCAUCCGAGGCAAAGUUGGAUAUACGAGGGGACUGCAUGUGUGGCAGAUCACAUGGGCCAUGAGGCAGCGGGGCACGCAUGCCGUGGUAGGGGUGGCUACAGCAGACGCGCCCUUGCAUUCUGUAGGGUACACAACCCUGAUAGGAAAUAACCAUGAAUCCUGGGGCUGGGACCUUGGGCGGAACAGACUGUACCAUGAUGGCAAGAACCAGCCGAGUAAAACCUACCCUGCCUUCUUAGAACCAGAUGAGACUUUCAUUGUGCCGGACUCUUUCCUGGUGGUCCUGGACAUGGAUGACGGGACCCUGAGCUUCAUCGUAGACGGGCAGUACAUGGGCGUUGCUUUUCGGGGACUUAAAGGGAAAAAACUGUAUCCAGUUGUAAGUGCAGUGUGGGGGCACUGCGAAAUACGGAUGCGCUACUUGAACGGGCUUGAUCCCGAACCACUGCCUCUGAUGGACCUGUGCCGGCGUUCUGUGCGGUUGGCUCUGGGCAAGGAUCGACUGAGCGAGAUCCAAACGCUGCCACUGCCGGCCUCCCUCAAGAGCUACCUUCUCUACCAAUGACCUACAGGUUGAAGGACGCUGUGAGAACUGAAACAGAGGCAAAUGAUUUGGCACUGACCCAUUGGACAGUGGUUCUGCCAGCCUCUCCCCAUCAUCACUAGUGUUGGACAUCCUCAGCCUAAGUACCUUCCUCCAAUGCCAAAACCAAAUAUGCCCUUAAAAUGCCCGUUUUCAAGUAUCCUUGUUUCACAACUAAGAUGACCUUUGCUGAUGAAGUUCACAUCACAUCCCUGCAUGCUUCCAAAAAACCCCCAAAACACAGCCUUCCAGAAUCUCUCUCCACAUCUCUUGCUGCUUUCCUCCCAGCUCCUAGCAAACAGCAAUAGAGCAUCCUUUGAACACCUGCAGUCGAGGAGUAAAUUCUGCCUCUUACGCCGGCUGAAGGAGAGUACAUGAGGCUUGGAAGGGAAGCAUUGAGAAUGGCAACACUCAAAUGGCAGGUGCUAGAUGUGGAAUGGCACAAGAUGGGGAGGGGCCUUCUGACAAGCAAGGAUGUAAAAGACUUCAAUGGGAAGUGAAGACACCAAAAAAACCACAUGGACAAUUUUUUAUUUUUUUUUAACUUGGAUAAGGUGGUUAUGUAGCUGAUGUCAAUGUUGCGAUACUGUCUCACCUUGUCUUACCUGUUACUUUAUGUAGAUUGAAUCUUGUUUCUUUCACCAUCACUCUCCAUCCCUCACUCCGUUUUUCCUGCAUCUUGUCUGUCUGCCUUUUCACUGGUUGUGACGCUAGUGGCAGAUAAGACCUGCAAUAGAUGGGGAAACCAAUCCUUUAAGCAGCCCCUCUGAUGUCUGCAUCUGCCCCCUCUUUUUCCUUGUGUUGACUUUAACCUGCAGCUUUUAGAUCAGGUGCCCGUUGGCGGUGAGUUUUCCCCUGCCAUGACUCAUUGGCAUCCAAUAUCAUCCAUGGAGAGCCAGCCACUCCAGACUGAUUUGUCGAUUUGCAGAUCCUUUACAACCACAGACGUCUCCUUUCCCAUGUCUGCGUCAUACAUAAUCUAGUCCAUGUUAGCGCCCCUGAAAUGGAUCUGCCGGGGAAUCUUCUGCUUUGAUAAGCUGCUUAGAGUAUUUCAAAGCAGAGCUUUUCAGUCUGCCUUUGUCCAUCAAGAUAAUCUCCUCCUUGCUCUCUGGCAGGAAUGACCUUCUCUCUCAUCCCUGCUAAUGGCUAGAGGGACGACCCAGGAGGAAGGGUGUGAACAGUGUGUUCUGACUUACAGUAUGUCAGCAGGCCAGACGUCUAGAGGGUGAUGUGAUGGAAAGUAGUUUAAUGGGAGGCUCUUUUGAUGCUGUGCAUGCACAGCAAAGGGAACUAGCCUGAAUUACAGUCAAGAGGGGGAGAAGAACCAUUGAGACUUUAUUU